AUGAGGCUUUUCUUUGCCGUGCUUGCGGUUGCGGCUCUGCUGACAGAAAAUCUAGCGCUUCCAGUGGUCAAAGAAGGACAGAGAGAAGAUGUGGUGACAAGAUGUCUGGUUGAAGUCCUGUCCAAAGCUCUCUCCAAACCGGACUCUCAGCUGGAUCAGGAAUGCAAAGAUAUUAUCCAAGCAGGGGUUAAACAUGCGCCACUGGACAAGAAGAGCAGUGAGGGGACGGUAGCCCAUGACGAGGUACUCAAAGGUCACACUGUGGAGCCUGAAGCCAAGGCAGCAGAUGUGAAAGACAUCGAGGCGCUCUUGAAAUCCGUGGAGGAGAAAAGAGAAACCCCAGAAGACGAGCGCAGCCAAGAGUCGUGGAGUUUCGGCGACGAGAAGGACAAGAGGCACGAGAACGAAGUGGAAGAAGAGCGAGAGAAGAGGAGCGGCUGGAGGCCCGGAAGAUUCCACCAGAGGAAAAGCAAACGAGGCGACGAGGAAGAGGAUAACGAGCGCAGUCAGGAGAGCUGGGGGAUAGACGAGAAGAGGUCAGAAGAAGACGAAGAAGAGGACGAGAGAGAGAAGAGGAACUGGAGGCCUGGAAGAUACCACCAAAGGAAAAGCAAACGAGGAGAUGAGGAGGAGCCUGAGGAGGAACGCAGCCAGGAAUCAUGGGAUGUAGACAAAAGGCACGGCAGCGAGGACGAGGAGGAGCGAUACAAGCGCAUCUGGAAGCCAACACAUCGCUAUCACCACAAGAAAGGCCUGCGCAAGCGCAGCGAUGAGCCAUCGGAGGGCGACGAAUACGAAGACCGCAGCCAGGAGUCUUGGGGUUUCGACGAUGAAAGGUACAAGAGGGACUGGAGGCCUGGAAGGCAUCACCAGAGGAGACACAAACGUGACGAGGAGCUUUCAGAAGAGGCCAGGGAAGAGCCAGACGAGGAACGCAGCCAGGAGUCGUGGGAUUUUGAUACUGGAAGAGAGAAGAGAGAAUGGAGGUCUAGAAGGCCCCAACAGAGGAGACACAAGCGUGACGAAGAGCUCGCUGAGGAAGAAAGAGAAGAGCCAGACGAGGAACGCAGCCAGGAGUCGUGGGAUUUUGAUACCGGAAGAGAGAAGAGAGAAUGGAGGUCUAGAAGGCCCCAGCAGAGGAGACACAAGCGUGACGAAGAGCUUGCUGAGGAAGAAAGAGAAGAACCAGACGAAGAACGCAGCCAAGAGUCGUGGGAUUUUGAUUCUGGAAGAGACAAGAGGGACUGGAGAGCCGGCAGGUACCACCAGAGGAGGCACAAACGCGAUGAGGAGCUUUCUGAAGAAGCCAGGGACGAGCCUGACGAAGAGCGCAGCCAGGAAUACUGGGAUUUUGAUACCGGGAGAGAGAAGAGAGAAUGGAGGGCUGGAAGGCAUCACCAGAGGAGACACAAGCGCGACGAAGAGCUCGCAGAAGAAGAGAGAGACGAACCAGAAGGAGAGCGCAGCCAGGAAUACUGGGGCUUCGAUAAAAGGCACGGAAAAGAAGAGGGAGAAGUAGAAAAGCGCAUUUGGAAGCCGACACACCGGUACCACCACAAGAAGAAACUUCACAAGCGUGGCGGAGGAUCGUCAGAAGAAGAAGAAGAACAGAGGGGUGAUUCAGAGGAAACCGUGGAGGACAGAGAUGAAGCUCUGAGGUACCUGGCUGAGAAACGUAAUCCCUGGAUUUUCAGAGGCUACUACCACCCUGCCUGGUAUAAAAGGGACUCAGACGAACACGCUGCCACCUCAAGCAAGAUGGACGAACUGGCCAAGCUGCUGAGCUACAAGAUAAACCACCUGGCGAACCACUCGACUCAAGAGGAGGCAAAGAGGAGCACAAACCAGAGAACCCUCACUCCACAGGAGGAGAAGGAGCUGGAAAACCUGGCAGCGAUGGACAUGGAGUUGCAGAAAAUCGCAGCCAAGUUGCAUGACAACACCGCGUAAUCCAGACUACCAGCUACCAGUGAAUAAAGGUUGCUGUGUAACUGUACGUCUGCCAACUUAGUGUGCUUACAGUGUUAAAAGUGACAAAAAAAAGAACCAUGGAGCCUUGCCAAACCAUUUUAUCAACCUGUUUUUGUGAUAUUUUGAUGUUCUGAAAAUUAAUCCGCAUGGGAAUGGCCUGGACAUUUAUAUAUAUAUACAUAUAUAUAUAUAUAUAGUCAGAGAAAUGUGAAAAUAUUAAUAUAUAUACGAGAUAAAUGAUUCAAAUGUGUUCUCAAGACUUUGUUCUGUUUACACUCAAUAAAAAGGAGAUAUUCUGGGACCAAACAGACAUCUGUCAUUUAUUUCUUCAUUAAUAAGUAGUCGCACAUGUUUAGUUCUGCGUUUUAAUUGGGUGCAGAUACAGAUGUAUCCCUGGAUCAUAUAACAAAUGGCACUUUCUGCAGGGAAAACUAAAU